CUAGCCUAAAUUAAAGGAGUCUGUCACCACACCCAGACCGCAGGAUCGAGCCCAUUGGUUUCCAGUUUGUCUCUGCCUGGAGAGGCAUCGCCUGCCCCCUUACCUAGUUAUUUCGACAAGUCGGAAGCGUCUCCAACCCAGACUGGCUCAUACCUGCGCGCCCACAGAGCCUCCUGUCUGCGACCUGCCGGCUCUGAAAUGGAGAACAGCAAACCUUCAGCGCUCCUCUCGCUUAUCGGUGUCAUGCUGCUCUGGCCGUAUGUGCUCACCAAGAGUGUCUCAUCCCGACUGCAAACUGCAGACAGCGGCUCUCUAUCUGCAGGGCAGGGAGAAGAGCGCCCUCAUGCGGUGAAGCGGUCGACACAGAACUGCGAAAGCACAUUUGACAAGUACUGCCUGAACAACGGCCAGUGCAUGUUGCUGGUGGACAUCAACGAACACCACUGCAAGUGUGAUAGGGGCUUCUAUGGCCCCAGGUGUAGCAACCCAGAGCUCGUCUUUCAGCCAAUGGGGGAAGAGCAGAUAAUUGUCACCAUUUUCUGUGUGAGUCUGCUGAUUAUAGGUCUGGCUGGAGCUCUGUACUUCUGCUGCAAAUGGUAUAAGAAAAACAGAUUCCAACGUCAACAGAAGCGGCAGGGUUACAAAGGAGUCCAGGCUGUUUAGAGUGCCACACACACACCCACUGCGUCCGCCACUGGAAAAGGAAAACCAGGAUUUUCUCAGCUUUCUAAAUUAAAAUUUUCGUGGUUUACUGGAUUGUUCAUACGCCCAACACUGUACGUCACGCGGCUUUGGAUCACUUUAUCAAGCAGGCAGAUCGCCACAAAGAGAUUAAAAUGUUCAAAAAGAAACAGCUUUGUGUGCAGUAUUGUUGUUUCCAGCUGCGCUGGUUCUAGUGUUUCAGCACCUGCUACCCUCAUGUUUGAAAAGAUGAAUGGUGAGACACACAAAAACAGUUUCUGAUGUCGACACCACCCACAACGGUGAUGGGUCAUGGAAAAUUCAUGGAGAAAUGUGAAAGUCUAAACAAAUAUUAAGGGUAAGAGUGCAUCGAUGUGACUGUGGAACAUUUCUGACCGCUUGUGUGAUCUAUGCUUAAAGAAAUUUAGGUCUGUAAACCAAGAGGUAAACCUAAUCAUGUGCUUUUUAAAUUUCUAAGGCAACAAGCCAUAACUGAGCACCAGAUUUUACUGCAUUUGGCUGAUAAUGGCCAUAAUAAUGAUCCUUACCAUUAAGCAAUUUUGCUAUAGUGUCUUCACGUAAGGCUCUCUUUGUUGCCAGUUAAUUUCAGAGAGCUCAUUUUUGAGGGUCAGCCAGGUUGCAGAUCUUGUCACAUCUUUUAAAUCAGCCUCAGAGAUCAAAAAGUAAAACUUAAUUCCUACAGUGUUUUAUAGUUUUUAAGCCUUGUUUUUAAUUUAUAUCUAACAUUUCUGCCUGUUUUAGCUUGUAUUUAUUGUGUUGUUGUUUUUUUUUACCUUUGUAGCUAUGAUGAAUAUUAAAAAUAGCCAUUAUUAUCAUUAUUACUGCCAUUAAAACUGGCCACUGAGUGCAACAGUUCUGUGUUUUAUUAUUUGAUACUUUGUUUAGUCAGAAAGUAUUCUCAUUUUGAUAAUUUAUUAUAAAGUAUUCAUGUAUGCACUGGAAUCCUGUCUGUUUUGGAAUCUCUGUUACUGCUACAAAAAUGAAUACAAUUUGAAUUUUUA